UUAGCAAAAACAAAAUAAAACAACCCUCAAAAUCUCUCUCUUUAUAUACCUCUCUUCCAUUCUUUUAGAUCUUUGCCAUAAAUCAAAAACCAAACUUUGCGCGAAAAUUUCCACUCUCUCUUCCUCGCACGAUCUCUCUUCUCCACCACCAUGGCAACACAAAUCUCAACUUCAUCACAAACCCAUCUUCUUCCCCAAACCACCAACCCAUUUCUCAAAAAACCCAUCACCACUCUCACCCCAACAAUCUCUCUCCGCAACACCCCAUCCUUCAAACCCAUCUCCAUCAAAUGCGCCGCCACGACCCAAGCCCACCCACAAACCCAAACCCAACCCCAAUCCUCAGAUCGCGUCUUCAACUUCGCCGCCGGACCCGCCACCCUCCCUGAAAACGUCCUCCGUAAGGCCCAAUCGGAGCUCUACAAUUGGCGUGGAUCCGGUAUGAGCGUGAUGGAAAUGAGUCACAGAGGUAAAGAAUUUCUCUCCAUUAUUCAAAAAGCAGAGUCAGAUCUGCGUACCCUUUUGAAUAUCUCGUCUGAAUACUCCGUUCUUUUCCUCCAAGGCGGCGCCACCACUCAGUUCGCCGCCGUGCCGUUAAACAUAUGCAAAGACGAUGAUGCCGUCGAUUAUGUCGUUACUGGUUCGUGGAGCGAUAAGGCUUUCAAGGAAGCUCAGAAAUAUUGCAAACCCAAUGUAAUCUGGUCUGGGAAAUCUGAAAAGUACACAAAGAUUCCAUCUUUUGAUGAUUUGAAACAGAACCCAGAAGCUAGGUUUUUGCAUAUUUGUGCUAAUGAAACAAUUCACGGUGUUGAGUUCAAGAACUACCCAACACCCAACAACAAAAGUGGGAUUUUGGUUGCUGAUAUGUCUUCGAAUUUCUGUUCUAAGCCUGUUGAUGUUUCGAAGUUCGGUUUGAUCUAUGCUGGUGCUCAGAAGAAUGUAGGUCCAUCUGGCGUAACAGUUGUGAUUGUUCGAAAUGACUUGAUUGGGAAUGCUCAGAGUUUGACUCCUGUGAUGCUUGAUUACAAGAUUCAUGCUGAGAACAAUUCACUCUACAACACACCACCUUGUUAUGGGAUUUACAUGUGUGGUUUGGUGUUUGAGGAUUUGUUGGAGCAAGGUGGUUUGGUUGAGGUUGAGAAGAAGAAUAAGAAGAAAGCUGAGAUUCUGUACAAUGCUAUUGAUGAGAGUAAUGGUUUUUUUAGGUGUCCUGUUGAGAAAUCUGUGAGGUCUUUGAUGAAUGUGCCUUUCACUUUGGAGAAAUCUGAGUUGGAAGGUGAGUUUAUUAAGGAAGCUGGGAAGGAGAACAUGGUGCAGCUUAAGGGACAUAGGUCUGUUGGGGGAAUGAGAGCUUCGAUUUACAAUGCUAUGCCUUUGGCUGGUGUUGAGAAGUUGGUGGCUUUCAUGAAGGAUUUCCAAGCCAAACAUGCUUAGUGAGAAAAGGGUCUCUUAAGAGUUUUGUCUUUUUGUGUCUUGUUUUGUUGUUUUGAUUUAUGUCUUGUUUUUAGUUAGUAUUUUCAAUUGGGGAUAUAGUAUUUAUUUUGGGAUGAUUUUGAUUUUCUGGGUGAAAGGGAUGCUUAUGAGGUUGGAAUUUGGUAAUAAUUUGCAAGUUUGAAUGGGUCGAGAGAGUCCCAUGUGAUAUUAGUGAAUGUAGGGUGUAGUUUUAAACUUCAAUAAAAUCAAUGAAAGAUGAAACAUUGAAGCUGA